AUGGGCGUCGAGAAGACUGUUGCAAGACCGGGCAAUGGCACAGACUUCCCCAAGAAGAAUGACGAGAUUUGUGUCGAGUACACAGGAUGGCUAUAUGACGAUGAGGCACCAGACAACAAAGGAACACAAUUCGACACAUCCUUGGGUCGAGGCGACCUCACAACACCCAUCGGUGCAGGCCGGGUCAUCCGAGGCUGGGACGAGGGGAUCCUAGGAUCCGAUGAGAUUCCCCCCAUGUCGUUGGGCGAGAUAGCCACUCUGACAAUAACAUCUGACUAUGCGUAUGGCUCUCGUGGCUUUCCCGGGCACAUCCCCGCCAACGCGAAAUUGAUCUUUGACGUUGAACUAAAGGCCAUCAACGUGGUGACACAGCAGCUUAACUGCCGGAUUAUGCGUGAGCCGCCUCUACCGCCGCCCAACAGGAUAAUCGUGUCCCGAGUCGUGGGAACCAGACUUCGGUAUGCCGACGUGAGACGUAACCCAGACUCGGUAAGGCUUGUCCAGUGA